AUGAAUAUAAUUGACUAUUGCCUCUGGAGUGACAUUGCUGAAGGCCCCGUUGAUAUCGAAGAAGGCGCCUCCUGCAUAACAUUUGUGCGUGAAGACUUCCUCUGGUCACUCUACCAAUUCAAAGUGACGCGCACAAAGCGAAAAGCGUUGCCUAAAGCAACAAAGCCGGCAAAGGCGCAGUUGUCGUCACAUGCCGCGACACUGCGAAGCGCGCAACGCAGCGCGGCCGAUGCUGCCACCAGUGACGUAUCCAAAUCGAACGCCACCGAUUUCAGCGCGUUCGACUUUAAUGACAGCUCCGAUAAUUCCGAUAUACAAACGCGACCGCCUUCCUAUCUCAGUCGCGCUCAUCUGCACAACAACAACGGCAGCAGCAAUGCUAGCGGCGCCGGCGGCGUAGGUGGCGGCGGAAAUAACAAUAACACCAGCAACAGUAUUAGCAACUGCAAUAGCAACAGUAACACCAACAUCAGCAAUAGAUUAACAAAUAGUAAUAGUUUAGUUAACAACAUCAGCAACAACAACAACGCCAGCAGCCGCGCAGCCGAAACGUCAAACAACGAUGGUAGCCACAGUCAUGCUACCAAUGAGGCGCCCAAUAUCAACGGCAAAAUGGAGCAGGACGACGCGGAGGACGAUGACGACGAAGAAGAAAACGAUCAGAAUGCGGCUGUAGGGCAGCGUGCUGCUCAGACACGCGUGAAUGCACAAGAAGAAGACGACGACGACGACGACGACGACGACGACGACGAAGAUGAGGAUGAGGAUGACGAGUUGGAGAACCAGCAUGACGCUGCUAAUGCAAGCAUGGUACAGACGCGCGCGCUUAGCAAUUCAUUAGCGGGGGCAGCCAUCGACAACGGGAGAUUUUCCGAAGCGGCAACAGCAUCCACUGCAACGACGACGACCGCAGGCGCUGGCGCUACAGGCAAUGCGUACAACGUCAACAGCAUCAGCAAUGAUGAUAACUGCAAUAACAGCAGGCAUAGUAACGCCAGCAGCAGCGCACAUAACGGCAACAACAAUGACAACAGCAACGCCAGCAGUGAUAGCAUGCUUUGUGAUGGUAUGCGCGACCUGGAUGGCAUGGAUGUCGGUGACAGCCAACGCUUAAUAGCCAGUACGGGUAACAACCACCACAACAACAAUAACAACACUGCUGAUGCGCUUCUAAUGGCUGCUAUUGCUAGUGCGAGCCUGAAUGGCGGCGGCGCUGCGGGCGGUAUAUGUAACGCUAUGACUACGGCGACCACAACACAGUCAAACAGCCAGUGCGCUGUAGCAGAUGACGCUGCGGUAGUUGGUGCCCUCUUAGAUGGCCCUUUAGGCACGAGUAGUGGCAACAAUUGCAAUGAACUUGCACGCAGCAGUAGCGCUAGUUUAAGCAACAACAGCUCAUCUGCAACUGCGCUCGGAGGCGGCAGUGGUAGUGGUGGUGGUGGUGCGGAUGCGAAUAGCAUCGCAGGCGGCGGCGGUGGUGGUGGUGGCGGAAACGGCAGUGUUUGUGUUGGUGUUGGUGGCGAUGGUGGCGGCAGUGUUGGAAUUGCGAGCGGCAUGGGCGGUGAGAGCAUGUGUGGCGGUGCACCUAGCGAAGCUGGCAGCGCGGCUGGCACAACGGGCUCGGGUCAUAGUGAGCGCAAGAAAUAUCGACAUCAAAAUUAUAGCAAAAACAUUUACAUUGGCACUAAGAAUGCUGAAAAGUGGGAACACACGCGAACGCGGCUGCAAUUCAAGAACGAUGUGGAAUUCGUGACGUACUUGUUGAAUUUGGCUGACAACGAUACGGAGCGUCUAGCUAAUUUGCCACCACCUUCAGCACCAACAACUCCGACAAAGAGCUUCGCAAACAAUUUCAAAUUGGAGCCUAAUCUUAGCGUGAAGGAGUUCAGCAAAAGUCAAACUGAAAAUAGUAGCGAAGGACCGCCAGCGCCAAUACGUAGGAAAUACAAAAAGCGCGUGCAAUUCAGUGACGCACUCAAUGGUUUCCCUAAAAUGAAAGACUUUUCCAACUUUUCCACGAAAGCUAAGAAACACGAUCAAAAAGCGAAAGGUACUGCCAGUGCCACUGGCGGCGCAAGCGAUACAUUGCCCGAUGUGUUGGAUUGUCGCAUAGCAGAGAAGAUCAAGAGCGAAUUGGAGGAGAAGUCCGCAUCCAAAGUGCCAGCGCAUCAGAAUGCAUUGUGUCUUAAGAAACCGGGCGAGGGCGGUGCCAUGGAACCGCAAAAUAAUAGCGACGAUGAUGAGGAUGAAGAUGAAGAGACAGAAGCAAACGCUACCGGUGAUGCAGCAAAUGCAGCUCCUGCCACCGUUGCCACCGUUGCCACCGUAGCCGUUGCGGCCGCCGCUGCUGCUGUCAUCGGAGACGUAGUAGAUGCCAACAGUGCAGCAGCAACGCCAACUCCAUCGCUCACAGCACCGUCGGUGGUUUCGGCUAGUAAUUUCCGUGCGCGUGCGAAAGGCAAACGUGGUCCUAAAAAUGUGCCAGCGCUGCCAGUCAACAGCUCAUUUAGUAGCUUGGGCACCAGCAUUGCCGACGAGGAAGAAGACGAACUCGACGCCGAGACAGAUGGUGAUGAUGAAGAUGAAGAAAUGGAUGAAGAGGCGUUGGCACGUGAAAUGAAGAACGAACAGAAUUUUGUAGAAGAAGAGGACGAACACGAUAUUGCCUUCCGUUCGCAGCAAUCGUGUCGCGAAUGCUCAAUCACGCAUGACUACAAAAUCUGUCCAUUGCGCACGUCGAUUGGCACCAUAACCGACGCUGUAGACCUGGCCGAGUGGAUUGAACGGAAAAAUCUUGAAGCCUUGGCCAAACUUAAACACGAUGCACAACGGCAGGCGAAACAAGAUCACGAUCCAGACGAUGAGGACAUGGACGAGGCAUCACAAAUGUCCGAGCUCGAAACCAAGCCGCUUAUAACUUUCGCCGAGGCGUCAGUGCCAGCCGAAUUCGAGCUGCACAAUGUAGAGCCGAAUGUGACCGGCGUUUUUGCGCGCACAGAAGUGCGCGCUUACACCAAACUUGGCCCGCUGAUCGGGCAGCUAGUACCGAGCAGCGAUGUGCGCGAAGGCAGCGAUAUGAAAUGGAUUUUCGAGAUAUGCGAAGCUGGCGCAGAGAAGUCACAACUGUUGACAUGCGACAAUCCGAAUACUUCUAAUUGGUUGCGGUACAUACGACCAGCGCCCACUUAUGAGGAGCGUAACGUUAAUCUUGUAUCGAUUGAGCAGCAGGCAUUCUUCGUCACCUGCCGCGAUGUUAAGAAUGGCAUGGAACUGCUCUACUGGAGCGACGACUGCAAUACGAUGUGGCGCAAAAAGCACACGGAGAAGACGAAUUGUGGCGGUUGCAAUUUGCGUUUCGAUCAUCCGCUCUAUUAUCGCACGCACUGCUCCAUUUUUCACGAUCCCUCAAUGAGCCUCACCAUACGCAAAUACCAUUGCAAAGUAUGCGGCGAAGCGGUGCUCGGCAAGGACAACAUCACGAAGCAUGCGUCCGAGAAGCACGAAGGCAAGGGCGCUUACCAAUGCCAAUUUUGCAACAAGUUCUUCCUGCGGCUCAACUACUUGGAAAUGCAUCGCACCUACGGCUGUGCGGCCAAUCCGAACCGUGCGCGUCCACUUUGUGAUUUUUGUGGUCGUAAAUUUUGUCAACCACAAAAGCUCAAGGCUCACAUCAAGCGCAUGCAUAGUGAUAUGGCUGAAGUUUUACGAGAUUUUCAGUGUAAAUUAUGUUCAAAACUUCUAGGAUCACGCGCCGCAUUGCAGCGUCACUCCAAGGAGGUGCACAGUCGCAAUUCGACGGUGGUUAGCUGUCCACGAUGUCAGAAGCUCUUCCAGAAUCGCAGUAACUUGAAAAUUCACAUGCUUACACAUUCGGGCGUCAGACCGUUCAAAUGUUCCGAGCCUGAGUGUAAUGCCGCUUUUACCACAAAGCAAUGCCUCCAAUUCCACUACAAAAAGGUACACAACUAUACACAGGAACAGAUGCCAAAGAUCGAGCGUAGCGUCGCCUACACCUUUGACGCUUAUUCGGGUGGCAUGAAGGUUGACUUCUUGGAACAAGCACCACGCCGACGACGCAAAAGCUUGGAAGACCAAAACUCGAGACUGAGUUCGAGCAUGCAAAGCGACACAGAGUUCUCCGAUGACAAUAUCUUUGAGGCCAUCAAGAAAUCCGGCAAAUCGAUCAAAGAUCUGUGCCGCAAUGAGCCUAACCUUUCGUUACUUUCAUCUAAGAUCUCGAGCAUAUUUGGCGAAAAAGUGGUGGGCAGUCGCAAACGCAAGAAAAAGAAAGAACCGCCCACGCCUAAUAUGAAUUUAAUGGGCGCGGUGGCCGGCGCUACGGGCGUAGGUGGUGUAGGUAUGGGCGUCGGUGGCACCGAGGACGAGGAUGAAGACGAACACAUGGAGCAGGUGCGCCGCAAGCAGGCGAAUGCUCAACUCAGUCUCGUCGAGUCAUUUUUGACCACGACUGCGCAACGCCUCACCGCCCAGCAGCAAGUUCAACAGGUGGUUGCCGCCGCGGCCGCGGUUUCGGCAAUGGCUGGCGCAGGAGCGGCCGCUGCCGUGGAUGAUCCCAGUAAGAUGCACAUUAUGUCCGGCCUAAAUAGCCAGCAUCACUCCAUGGCUAUGGGUGGACACGCAGUGGCGGGUAUGCUUAACGACGAUGAUGACGAGGAGGACGAUGAGGAUGACAACGGGCAGGAUGACCCGCAUGAUGGUGGGCAUAGCGAGCAGCACGAUGACAAUAACAGCUACCGGCAUCACGCGGGCAUGAAUGGGUUGGGUCAGAAUUUGGUUGUGAGUAAGGGCAGCAAGAAAUGGAUUAGCGGUGACGAUCGUCACCUGUCACGUGAUUGCGCCGCCGCGGUGGAUCGCUGCGGCAUGGGAGGCGGAGGUGGUGGUGGUGGUGUUGGUGGCGGCAUUGGCGCAGGUGUGGGAACCGAUGCAGCCGUCGCAGCUGCAAUGGGUGGCGCCGCAGCUGUAGCAGCCGCCUGCAGCAUGGCCGGAAAUAGUGGUGGUGUUGGUGUCGGCGUUGGUGUAGGAAAUGACAUGGGUUUGCCGGCAUUUGCGGUACCGCCCAGCACAGUCGACGAUGCCAACAAAUUGAUCGGGCACAAUCGAGAUUUUCUGGCGCGUUUAAUGAAUUCGGCUAGCGCUAAUCACGCGCAUCACAACAAUCGCGGCGAGGAGGAUGAAAACUCUUCAUUCCUUGAUGUGGUCGAGUCUAACAAUAAUAACAACAACAACGGCGCUGGCGCUGGCGGUCAAAUGCCACAAUAUCAUCACAACGGCGGCGGUGGCGGUGUAGGCGUGGGCGGAAAUAUCAGCAACGCGGGGAACGUGAUCAACUCAGGCAAUGCCAAUGCUAAUAGCAUGGGUGGUACGGGCGCCAACAGCACACCGGGACACCAGGCAGAAGAUGCUCAGCUGCAAAUGAACUCGUUGGCGCAUUCCCAAUCGUUUAUGAGUUCAUUUUACAACAACGCAAACGCAAGACUGAGCGGCGCCAGCAGUGCCUCAACAUCGGCAAGCAUGCUGGUGGAAGCGGCCUUGAACUCUGUUGGCAAUAUGAUCGACUCGGAAAAUAAUGAUAUGAAGGUGCCAAAUGAGUCGAAUAUCAACACCGACAGCCCGAUGAGCGCACAUCAUGUAGACAGCGAGACAAAUCGCUUCAGCACAGAUACUGCCGGCAACCACCACUCCAUCAACAGCAUUGAUAAUCUGGAAAACGAGCUAAAGAUGAUGAAGAAUCUCAGUAACUUCCCCAUGCAAAUACCACCACUACCAAUGUUCCCGAACUCAGGCAAUACCAUGACCUCCUGCAACAUAUCGCCCAACGCUUCGACACCGACAAACCCUCAAAGUAACCAAAACAAUAACGAUGUAGAAGUUGAUGCUGGUUCAACGCCACGCCCGCAGCAUCUGAGUAGCAACGCUACUGAUUCGGAUGGCUUCUCCUCCGCACAUCAUCGCACACCGCCCUCGCCUCAGCCCAUCUCACCAGGUCGCGACUAUGGCAUGUUCAACAAUACUAAUGCUUCGGGUGCCAACGGCACACCCGGCGGUCCGGGUACAGCGGGCAGCAACAGCAGCGGCAACAGUGGUAGCGGCAAUAGCAACAAUAACAUAUCAGCAUCCUCGCCUCUGCCUACAAUGCAGACACAUAGGCGCAACGCCUCCAGCGUGAGCAGCGCAUAUCCAGAGCACGAGCUCAUAUCGCCAGCAUCCUCGCCGUCCAUACCACGAUAUAAUUUCAACGGCGACAUGAUGCGACACAAACGCGUCGAACAUGAAAGUGAUAGGCGGCAAACGAUUGGACACAAUCCGCAUCUAUCUAGCGACGACGAGAACAGUAUUAUUCCGCAAAAUAGCUCUGGCCAGGAUAUGCGUAUGAAAUUCUCCCAGUCACAAAUGGACCUCAUGUAUACCAAGUACGAGAGCAUGGCUGCCAGUGCAGCGAGUCUCAAGUACAACAAUCAAGAGCUCGACUCUCCAGCUGAGUAUCGCAACGCCAGUAGCAACGCGGCAUCCGGGCCCAACGCCAACGAUUUGUCCGACUUGCAAGGGCUUGACAUGUCACGCUCCAGCGUUAGCGCUUCCAAUUAUCAUCACAAUUUCCAGCUCCCUGGCAGCGCCAGCUCAAACAUAAGCGGUAUUGGACGUUACCAUCAUCACAUCUACGAUAUUCUCUCCGAGCGUGAGCAACAAACCCAGCAGGCUCAGACACAACAACAGCAACAUCACAGUUCAGCGGUGGCAGCAGCUGCUGCUGUGGCAGCACAGCAUCAACAACAACAGGAGCACUCAAGCCAGCUGGUUAUGCAGCAACACCAAUCCGCCAUGCACAACAUGCUGCCCGAUCAACUGGGCGAACAGGAUCACGAUCAGACUACAUCGGUAGACUUGAGUCGCACAGCUAAUUAUGUGGUGCCUUCACCACCGCAACUACCCUACAACCAUCCACAUCACGAUAUGCUACGUAUGGCUUCCUUAGACUUAACGCCAAAUACCAAUAUGUCGGUUGGCAACAAUCGUUCCUUCCUCUCCUCACAAAUGCAGCAUCAGAGUCGUGAGAGUUUGGAACAUCAUCGGUUGCUGUCCACAGUGGAGCAGCAUCGCAUUUUAGCCGCCUCUAAUGUGGCUGCCGAUCAGCAUCGCCUGCUCGUCGAUCCCACCGCACAUCUAUUGAUGGAGCAAAAUAAUCGUCUGCUGGGCACCGAUCAGUCGCGCCUACUCGGCGAGACGGCCCAAAAUAGGCAUAUGGCACGCAGUUUUGGCGCUUACCAUCAGGUAGCCUCGGGCAAUUAUCAUCCCAGCGUGCGGCCACCAGUAUUGCCGUCCGCGAAUCAUCAUACUUCCAAUCCCUCAAACUAUCAUCCUUUCCCAGCGUACUAUUAAAAGUUGAAAUAGGUACUUUAAGUACGUACGUGUAAAUUGAGGCCGAAGUAAUUUUGAGGACACGUAUGUAACUUGUAAAUGUUUUUCGUUGAGCGCCAUAACUUACACCGGAGACUUUAUCUACGGAUAUUACCAAAAGCAUAAGUGGACAUCUUUAGUUUCCCGCGUUGAAUAGUAAAAUUUGUUCACUACCAAAUCAGUCCAGUACGAUCUUCUUGCUUUAAUAAGAGAUUUAAUCGUUUUCCAUCGAUACUAAUAAACGUUAAGAUAAAUUUAUGAAGAUUUGAAAGAUACUUCCACCAAAACAGCAUAUGUGGGUUGCUGACCUUAUCAUUUACGGCUUACGCUGUUAUUUUUGCUGUGCUGGCAUAACUAGUAACGCUUAGAGUUCCAGAUCAUUCUCUCUUUAGUCUUCCAGACUCGUGAAUUUAUUUUGCAAAAAAGGAAAAGUUGUAUAUACGAUUGUCUUAGGAAGGACUGUGGUCUUUCGAAAGACUGUGGUGAAUUAAAAGACAGUUGGCAGAAUUGCCCCGUCAGUGGCUUUCAGAGUAUAUCGUAAUUGGUCGUUAGUAAAGAUAGAAUUCUUGGGCCGCAGAAAGCAAUCUUUCAUUUCAGCCUAAAGACGCUACAGCAAUCAGAUUAUCGAAGAUUGUAUAUAACUGUCUUUAAGGAUAGCGUGUAGACACUUUUUCAUUGUAUCCGAAAUUGAAUUGAAGAACUUUUCGCCUCCAAAGCUAAGGUAUUUCUAUGGGAGGAAGAUUCAUUGGUAG